AUGCCGUUUGAAUUGUCAGUCCUUGCGAAAGACGCUAGCAGUGGAACUUUCAACGAAUCUGUGUGGGCGCUUACGACGUAUACUCCGGAUUGGGAAUCUACGAUGGGGACUCAUGAAGUGUUGGUCCCAAAAUCUCUGACCGUAUUUGAUCCGCCCUCAAGUUCAGCUGCAGGGAACGAGCACGACAUCGCUUCGCCGGGUGAGGAGACGAUCGUCCUGGACCUCAUCAAGCUGUAUUUGAGAGGUGUGCCGGUUCAGCAUAGUCAUGUCAUGCUCGAUAACCCGACCAACCGCAGGUGGAGGAUUUGGUGGCAUAUCCCUGAAGACGAGGUCAUCGCCAAAUGGGCUGGACAAGUUCGUGCGGACGGUGUCGCACAUACCCACGAGCCUAAGCCGGAGAACUAUGACGAGUGUCUCACCAUUGUUGGCAGGCUGUUUCCGAAAGAUAAAGAUUGGAGCCAGAUGAACUCCAACUACGUAACCACUUUCCCAACCGAAGUGCCCUGGAUGCAGUGCACGACAGCCAUAUUCCAGGGGAGGGAGUGGUUCUUCCAGAUUCGACCGAUCAAUGCUAGAGCCCAGACCCACCAGGUAGAAGGGUCCUCUGCUAUGCACUGUUUCUCAAUUGAGUUCGAAGGCCGUGCUGUUCCGAAAGAGAGCGGAGACGACCAGAAUCAUUCAGCCAGCGAGCCAGUCAGCGAGUUCGAAAGCGAAGACGGAGAUAUCACAGAUUCAGAUUAG